GUCUCUGGCAAAGAAGGCUGCAAAUACGCUGGUGUUUGGCUAAUGAUGGUCCUGAGCUUGGUCACUACACGCUGCUUGGGCACCUUGCAUCGCCUGAAUUCCAACAGCUUCGUCUUCGACUUGACUCAUGAGAUGAUGCUGAACAGCAUGGACGUUUUGUCGUUGCUCACCUACUGUGCGUCUUCUGCAUUGGUCACAGCGGCCGCCUACGCCCAGUCACAUUUGUUGCUGGGCUUGGACAAGUCACUGGACUGCUGGUGUUCUCGCAUUCUGGACCUGCCAGAUUUUUGGCAAGGCGUUCAGAGCUGGAAUGCCCUCCAAGCUUUGCUGAAGUCCAUCGGAAGGGAGUUGGCUGGCACCUUUCUGAUCCUGCAGAUUUUCGGAUCUCUUUGCUUCAUGCUCUUCUUGGUGAACGGCGUGAUCCUGGUCUUUGAGGAUCUGGAUGCCAUACCUUGGACCAUAGAAGUGUUCUCUGGGUUCCCUUUGCUCUUCAUGUCGUGCCUCAGCCUGAAGGUCUCGGCCCAUGGCGCCGCGUUGACGGAGAAGUGUCGCGCCAUUCCGUCCUUUGUGAACCAAAUCCCCACGGAGGAAUCGACCGACCAGGAGCGGCAAUACCUGGUCCGAUACAUCACGGACAGUUCUGCGGGUUUCUACGUUCGAGAUGUGAAGUUGACGCAGGAGAUGGUGAUGAAGCAGAUGUACGUCGUAGGAGCAAUGCUGUCCGCCACCAUCAGUGCAUUGUCCAGGGCAUUCAUUUAAGGUGAGAUGCCAAAGAAUGCUGCACCGACGGCGGUGGCAAAUACGCACACCGCGCACAUGAUUUCCAUUUGGGGAGACGAUAGUGUCAGAUGUGCACAGUCUGCGUGCCCCGUUCGGUGGUUUGCAUGUAUCACGACAUAUCCUGGUUGGUGGUUUGGAAC